AGGAUGUGGAUGCUCUUCUUUUGGAGUGCCUUGUUGGGGGCGUUGGGGUCAGAGGAAAUGCCCUCUGGAGCAGCUCAGCAGCUUCAGGCCCUCCACUGCCCUCCCUGCGAGCAGAUCCACUGCUCCUCCCGGCGUGCGCUGAAGCUCCAGUGUAAAGGUGGUGUCACGACAGGUGUCUGUGGCUGCUGCCCCGUCUGUGCCAGAACAGAGGGGGAGACCUGUGGAGGAACGUGGGACUAUCUGGGCAAGUGUGAUGAGGGACUGGUGUGUGUUUACCAGGACUCAGCAACUGACAAAGCAGACGCAGAGCGCAAAGGGAUCUGUGAAGCAGUGAUUGAACCCCUGAAUCCAGAGAGCUGUCACCCAGAGUGCACCAAGGAAUACUGUCAGGCCAACCCCUCUGAAAUCUGCUCUGCAAGGUUUGUGUCUCUGGAUAAGACGGCGUGCCAGGGCUCCUGCCAACACACCUCCUGUUCAAGCUGUCUGCUGCUGAAACCCCCAUCAUGCCCUCAGACCUGCACCCACUCGGAUUCUUCCUGUCUACACCGCUUUGGGAAGUGUGUGCACAAUCACCUGACAGGGGCUCAUAAUCCUGUAUGCCACAACAACCUACAGAAUACUUCUGAGGGGCACUUUCUGUGUUUGGUUCCAGCUUGUCCAGACGCAUCGACGUAACUCCCAGUGUAAUGAGAGGAAACCCAGAGGAGAACUAGCUCAUGUAGCAACAUGGAAAAAAGGCAGCUAUCUAUAAACUUUGUGUAUAACUUGAACAUUCUUCACCCAACAAUCGCAUUUUGUAUGCAAUGUAAACCUGAAUAAAAACAUGUGACUUUUUAUG